GUUCAGGUGGUCGAUUGGAUACGAGCCAAAACUGCCCAACCGUAAAGAGUGCAUUUAAACAAUCUAAAACAGCCUGCAACCUGCACAAAAGCCAUGGCCGAGGAUGAGCUGCAAACCUAUCGCCGCUGCAUUGGCCAGCAGCUGGAGGAGCUGGAGUUGCUGACCUCCAUAUAUUGCGGCCCCGGGGAGCUGCAGAUGCUUGAUGCCGGCGUGGUGGCGGAUUUCAAUGAAUUCCUAGCCGAAGAUAAAGGCAAGUCGUUCACCGAUCUGCCUUCGCACCUGGAGUACAUCGUGAAAUUGAAUCUAAGCAACAGCCAUAGCGUGGAGGUCAGGGUGGAGCUGCCACAUCUGUAUCCGCUAUUGGAACGGGCACGGGUUAGUGUGCACAGUCCCCUCCUCGGCAAGUCCCGCGAACAUUGCCUCAAGACUGAGGUAGAAAAUUACCAAAAUGAACUGCAAGUCGAGGAGACGGAGCCGUACAUCUUCCAGCUACUCAGUUGGCUUCUGGAAAAGAUCGAGGAGCUGCUCAAACGACCGGAUAGCGAGUUCUCAGAACCGAAGAUGCCUCCCGAACCACCCCAGCCAGUGGCUAGCCACCUGGAACGCCUGUGGAUCUACUCGCACCACAUCAAGUCAUCGGCCAAGCGGCAGGAGCUGAUACGCCAGGCUCGUCAGUUGGACCUGACGGGCUUCAGUCGCCCCGGCAAGCCCGGCAUCAUUUGCGUGGAAGGGGCGACCGACAACGUCCAGGAGUUCUGGCGCUGCAUCAAGGCCCUGCGGUGGCAAAAGAUCAGCUUGGUGCGAACGGAACCGCGGCAAAGGAAGCGCGGAUUCGAGGACUUUAGCGAACAGCUCUUCAACGAGGAGGAUGGUGUCAUGGGCAUGGGCCAGUUCAUCCGAUUCCUGGAGUCCCAUGGCUUUGCUUACAUGAAGUCUGAAUUGUUUGGUUUAGCCUGAGAGGCGGUGGUCUAGAUUCUAGCCAGAUUCUAGCCACUUUUAAAUUAU